AUUAGAUUUUUUAUAUUAUAACCCUAAUAGCAACAAUCCAAACAAGAGAAAAGAUGAAACUCUUGAAAAUACUAGCUCUGCAAUUGUUGUUUCUACGAGUUUCCUCACCGACAGCGGCUCCUUCACCGGCACCAACUGCAGCACCACCGCUAGUAUUCGGAUUGAAGCCUGUUUCAGAUUGUCGGAGAAGUUGCGGCAAUGUUACUAUACCGUUCCCAUUCGGCAUGGAACCGGGUUGUUACCUCGACGACAACUUCCAUAUAUUAUGCAACGACGCUAAAAUUCCAAUAUUAGCUAAAAGCAUCAACGACACAGCAAUUUCAGUUGUUGAUGAAAAAACCGUAAACCCUGGCAUCAAGAUCUUGGAUAUAUCCAUUAAUGGCGAAUUACGAGUUUCACUUCCAGUUUCUUAUCAGUGUAGUCACUAUUCUUCUGAUUAUUCACAGGAAACUCAGGAAACUUAUAACUAUUAUUACACCUCCUCUUUCCCACUGUCGUACACCCGAAACAAGUUCACCUUAGUUGGCUGCGAAGCUUAUGCAUAUCUCUGUGAUUUAUCUAUUCUUAAAGACGACGGUAGUGGCCAACCAGUAACAUGCACACUCAGCCACGCCUAUUGUGAUAGUACAUCCGAACUUGUCAACGGAUCCUGCUCCGGCAUAGGAUGCCACAGGGGUCUCGUUCCUAAAGCAUACAAGGAAUUCUCCGUAACUAGUAUGAACAAUCCGCUUGAUUUUCUCCAUCCUUAUGUAUUAAAUUUCAGUCCGUGCAGUUUUGUAUUUCUAGUAGAAGAUGGUUACUAUAAUUUCACAACUCCGGACCUGGUUAAUUUAAAGAAGGGGAGAGAGUUUCCUGUGAUAUUAGAUUGGGCAGUGGGAGAUAAAAAUUGCGAAGAAGCUAAAAAGGCUCCUCAGAAUUAUGCUUGCCGUGACAAAGGUAGUGUGUGUUACGACGUUGAUAAUGGCUCCGGUUAUCGUUGCAACUGUUCUCGGGGAUUUCAUGGAAAUCCUUAUCUCGAAAAUGGCUGCCAAGAUGUUAACGAAUGCGUUGAUUCAAGCCUGAAUCAAUGUAUUUAUCCGAAGUCAUGCAUCAACGGAGCAGGAUAUUACGCGUGUUCAUGCCUGAAAGGCUACACCGGAGAUGGUAAAAGAGACGGAAAAGGUUGCAUCUCUCCUCAUCAUCUUGGACUAUGGCCUAAGCUUUUUCUUGGUAUGCUCGUGGUCAUUCUAGUCGGAGUGAUAGCCAUUUUCGUCAGUUGGAUCGGAAUUAAAAGAAGAACUAUCAGAAAGAUCAGAAAAAAAUUAUUCAAUGAAAACGGUGGUCUACUACUUCAAGAAAUGCUUUCAAAAUCGGAUCAAUCCAGCAAACUUGCCAUGGUUUUCUCCGAAUCGGAGCUGAAAAAGGCGACAAACGAUUUCAACGAGAGUGAGAUAGUCGGGAGAGGAGGUAACGGAAUAGUAUACAAAGGAACAUUAAAAGAUGGCAGAAUUGUUGCAAUAAAAGUGUCAAAAAUGAUGGACAGAUCACAGAUUACGCAGUUCAUAAACGAAGUGAUUGUUCUUUCGCAAGUAAAGCAUCCACAUGUCGUAAAACUAUUGGGAUGUUGUUUAGAGACACCAGUUCCCUUGUUAGUUUACGAAUUCAUCACAAACAAUACUCUUUACCAUCAUUUACAUGAUGAAGGUAAAGAAUCAUCGCUUUCUUGGAAGACACGUUUAAGAAUCGCAGCAGAAACCGCAGGAGCAUUGGCUCACAUGCAUUACGAGACUUGUAUGCAGAUCAUCCACAGAGAUAUAAAGUCUGCAAACAUAUUGCUGGAUGAUGAAUUCACUGCUAAAAUUUCGGACUUCGGAAUUUCAAGAUUGGUUACUUUAACUCAAACUCAUUUCUGUACUCUUGUUCAGGGGACUAUUGGGUACAUUGAUCCACAUUAUUACGAGACAGGGCUUUUAAACGAAAAGAGCGAUGUUUACAGUUUCGGAGUUAUUCUUGCAGAGCUUUUGACAGGGAAGCCGGUGGUUGGUCACACGCAACAAGGAUCGUCCAAUGGCGAAAAAGCUCUUGCGCAUCGGUUCACUUCUAUGAUGAGAGAUGGCGUAAUUCUUGACAUUAUUGAAGACCGAGUAAAAGACGAAGGAGGAGAAGAUCAGCUGAUGGGAGUGGCGGAGCUUGCAAACUGGUGCCUGGGUCGAUUCGGAGAUGAGAGGCCGACGAUGAAGCAAGUCAAGGAGAAGCUUGACAAUUAUUACUCCAGUCUAUGACCGGUGUGGAACCCUAUUUCUAUUUUAUAUUGCACGGAAACUUAUCGAGUCUGCGUCUCAGAAAUUCGUUUUUUUGUUUCUAAAACGCUUGUGAAACUCCAAGACUUUAUAAAUAUGGUUUCACCUGUUUUCCAUGCAACAGAAAUUUCUAAUUCUAAGAC